UAAUGGUUUCAAUCUGCCGGAGCUUUGAAUUGGGUUUCCUAGCUCGGUCAAUUAACUUAUUAUGUCUGGCUGCAUUUAUUUCUGAGUUUUCAAUGGUAAUGAUCCAAAGAUCUAGUAUAUUAAAAACCGCGAGUAGUACUUGUCAAGCUCUAUCAUAUUGACUGAUAGUCAGUCCGGCCUCCUUAAGAAAUUCCAAUCAGUGAAUUAGAGAGAGAGAGAGCCACACAUACCUAGGAGCAGCUUCGCCCCUUUUUCCUAUCCAUGAAACACCUCUGCCUCUAUUCUUAUGAGUCCAUGAUGUAGAAUGUCCUCGGCAGCUAAAGCUUCAUCUAUACAGUCAACAUGAAACCAACUCUCGCUCCUCUCCACGUUUUCCUUUUCCAGCAUAUCAUCCGGCUGAUCAUGGCCACAGAGUCGCUACCUAUAUACUCUCCGGCCUUUUCUAUGACCAUUAGCUGUGGCUCCUCAACAGAAGUAGAAAUCGAUCCUGACGGGCGACAUUGGGUUGGAGAUGUCAGCUCAAAAUUUUCCCCCAGAGAAGUAGGAGAACCUGGUUACACAUCUGAAGCUACAAAAGCACCACCUCAGUCGUCCUCCACCAGCCGAGUGCCAUACAACACAGCCCGCAUUUCUCGCUUCGAAUUUACUUAUAGAUUUCCCAUUGCUCCAGGCCAAAUGUUAUUCGUUCGCUUACAUUUCUAUCCUGCUUCCUACCCCAACUUCACCCACUCUGAAGCUCACUUCUUUGUCACAGUGGGUCGCUAUAUCCUUCUCAAAGACUUCAAUGCUUCUCUUUUUGCAGAUACUGAGGGAGUGGAGACGAUAUACAAGGAAUUCUGUGUGUAUAAUGACGCAGAUGAUACUCUAGAUUUCACAUUUAGUCCCAGCAGGACAAGCUCCAAUUCAUAUGCCUUUAUCAAUGGAAUUGAAAUUGUGUCUAUGCCACCUAACCUUUACUACAAUACAUCUGAGAGUCAUAGGCUUAAUUAUGAGGGAAACAAAGUAAGUUAUCACAUUGAAAACAGCACAGCUCUUGAGAUGGUCUACCGUAUCAACAUUGGUGGAAAGAGACUCUCAUCCAUGGAAGACACUGGCAUGUACCGCAGUUGGGAUGGUAAUGAUGACAUGUACUUGGAUGAUUUAAGUAGAAGAUUCAGCGUUAUACCAGCAAACACGAGUAUUCAACUCAAGUUUGGAAGCAUACCUGAAUACACUGCGCCGGAUGAGGUUUACCGCACUGGCCGUUCAAUGGGGAUGAACAAAACCAUCAACAACAAGAGCUACAAUCUCACCUGGGAAUUUCCUGUAGAUUCACGAAUUUCUUACAUGGUUAGGCUCCAUUUUUGUGAGUUUGAACCUGAGAUUGCCAACAACGGAGACCGAAUGUUUCAACUUUACAUUGCAAAUCAAACUGCUGAAAAAGAAGCGGACAUAGUCAUGUGGAGUGGUGGAAAUGGGAUUCCAACGUACAGAGACUAUUUCGUGUUCAUGUCUGACUCUGGAGGCCGGAGGAAAGUAAAUCUUUCUGUCUCAUUGCAAGCGAAUUGGCAGACUACGUAUCCUGAUGCGAUCUUGAAUGGGCUCGAAAUCUUCAAACUAUUUGACUCUAACGGCAAUAAUAUUGAUCUGAAUCUAGACCCACGACCAGAGGGGACACCACCACCACAAGCGCAAGCGCGCAAAAUUCCAAACAAGUCGACUCCGGUGAUUGCCAUCAUUGCAGGUGUACUUUCCAGCAUGCUUGUGUUCUUUGUCCUCGGAUUUUUGGUCAUCAAGCGAAGAUGGAAAGCCAACGACUCCAGCUCCAGAGACAGGGCGACACAGUCUACCAUGAACCUUGGAUCACCAUUACCAUCUUAUUUUUGUCGUUACUUUUCACUGGCAGAGAUCAAGGCUGCCACCAAAAACUUCAAUGAUACCUUCAUUAUUGGAGCGGGAGGAUUUGGCAACGUCUACAAAGGAUGCAUUGAUGGUGGAGCCACUCCAGUCGCAAUUAAAAGACUAAAACCAGAGUCAUCCCAGGGUGCCCACGAGUUUAAGACGGAAAUUGAGAUGCUCUCCCAACUUCGUCAUCGCCAUUUGGUUUCGCUCAUUGGAUAUUGUGCUGAGAAAGGUGAGAUGAUCUUAGUGUAUGAUUACAUGGCCUGUGGAACCCUUCGCGACCAUCUCUACCACACCAAUAACCCACCUCUUCCUUGGGAGCAACGGCUUCAGAUUUGUAUUGGAACAGCCCGUGGGUUGCAAUACCUCCACAGUGGCGCGAAGGGCACCAUCAUACACCGUGAUGUGAAAAGCACAAACAUCUUAUUGGAUGACAAAUGGGUGGCCAAAGUUUCAGAUUUUGGGUUGUCCAAGGGCACGAAUACCAUGUCCAAAACCCACAUCAGCACGGUGGUGAAAGGCAGUUUUGGGUACCUGGACCCGGAAUACUACCGCCGACAACGUUUGACUGAGAAGUCAGACGUGUACUCACUUGGGGUACUGUUGUUUGAGGUGUUGUGUGCAAGGCCAGCAGUGAUUCAGACAGAAGAGCUGAAGCAAGUGAGCCUGGCUGAGUGGGCCAAGAGCUGUCAUCAGAAUGGGGAAAUUGAUCAAAUCAUUGAUCCAAGUUUGAGAGGUAAGAUCGCAGCCGAGUGCCUGAAUAAGUUCACCGAGAUAGCUAUCAGUUGCAUGCAUGACAAUGGAACAGAACGGCCGUCCAUGACAGAUGUCGUUAGGGGCCUUGAACUUGCAUUGCAGCUUCAGCAGAGUGCAGAAGGGAAUAUCAACUGCACUGAAAUGAAUGUUGAAACUGAAACAAGCAGCAGUGAGCAAAGUUGUGCCACCAAAGAUUCCAUUAAAUGUAUAUCUGCAACAAUCUUCUCUGAGAUCAACAACCCGAGUGGGAGAUGAUGAGCAUUAUUUCACAGAAAUGAGAGCAAUCUGGACAGAACCAUCAACCGGAGCUAGGAUGAACAGCAUGAAGGAGAAAAGUAGUUCUGCUCCAAGGAGUUGGCUCUUUCUUCUUCCUCAUUUGUUUGAAAGAAUGGAACUGUAUGAUCAAAGUUAUCACUAUUGCUUCUGUGAA